GGUGACGUCACGGGUGCUCCAACUGGGAGCUCGAGACGUGCCGGUGUCAUGGCGGCCGUGGUGUCUGAGGGGAAGUGACUGCGGGCGCCGUUUCUGUUUUUCCUUCCCCGAAAGAGGCCGUUCGUCGCCUGAAGGGCGGCUGCGGCGCCACCGCCGACUGCGCACCUCCGAGCACCGAGCGCCGCCCCGCUUUGCCGCGUCCGCCGCCGAGCGCCCCGUCCCCGACCGGCCGGGAAGAUGGCGGACGCAGCAGCCGAGUGCACCAUCAAAGUGAUGUGCCGCUUCAGGCCGCUCAACAGCUCUGAGGUGACGCGCGGAGACAAGUACAUCCCCAAGUUCCAGGGCGAGGACACCGUGGUGAUCGGGGGUAAACCUUACGUCUUCGACAGGGUUCUCCAGUCCAACACGACACAGGAACAGGUGUACAACGCCUGCGCCCAGAAGAUUGUCAAAGAUGUUCUUGAAGGUUAUAACGGGACAAUAUUUGCCUAUGGACAAACAUCCUCUGGUAAAACGCACACCAUGGAGGGUAACCUUCAUGAUUCAGAAAAUAUGGGGAUUAUCCCCAGAAUAAUUCAGGACAUUUUUAACUACAUUUACUCCAUGGAUGAGAACCUGGAGUUCCAUAUCAAGGUUUCCUAUUUUGAAAUUUAUCUGGAUAAGAUUAGAGACCUCUUGGAUGUGUCAAAGACUAACCUGUCCGUUCAUGAAGAUAAGAACAGAGUUCCAUACGUGAAGGGCUGCACAGAGCGCUUCGUCUGCAGCCCAGAGGAGGUCAUGGACACCAUUGAUGAAGGGAAAGCCAACCGACAUGUUGCUGUCACCAAUAUGAACGAGCACAGCUCCCGGAGCCACAGCAUCUUUCUCAUCAAUGUUAAGCAGGAGAACACGCAGACGGAGCAGAAGUUGAGCGGAAAGCUCUACCUGGUCGACCUGGCAGGCAGUGAGAAGGUCAGCAAGACUGGUGCUGAGGGCGCAGUGCUGGAUGAAGCAAAAAACAUCAACAAGUCUCUUUCAUCACUGGGUAACGUCAUCUCAGCCUUGGCUGAGGGCUCUACGUAUGUUCCAUACAGAGACAGUAAAAUGACGAGAAUCCUCCAGGAUUCCCUGGGGGGCAACUGCAGAACCACCAUUGUCAUCUGCUGCUCUCCCUCUUCCUUCAACGAAGCGGAGAGCAAGUCCACACUCAUGUUUGGCCAGAGGGCGAAGACCAUCAAGAACACAGUAUCUGUAAAUGUGGAGCUCACAGCUGAGCAGUGGAAAAAGAAGUAUGAACGGGAGAAAGACAGGAACAAGACCCUGCGUAACACCAUCACAUGGCUGGAGAAUGAGCUGAAUCGCUGGCGCAGUGGUGAGAGCGUGCCGGUGGAGGAGCAAUUUGACAAAGAGAAGGCCAAUGCGGACGUGCUAGCCUUGGACAAUGUACUGAACAGCGAAAAGCAGGUCACCACACCCAGUGCCCCAGGGGUCCGGCUUUCAGAUGCUGCCAAAGAGGAGGAGCUGGCCAAACUCUACAAGCAACUGGAUGACAAGGAUGAUGAGAUUAACCAGCAAAGCCAGCUGGUGGAGAAGCUCAAGCAGCAGAUGCUGGAGCAGGAGGAGCUGCUGGCCUCGUCCCGGCGAGAUCACGACAACCUGCAGGCAGAGCUGAACCGGCUUCAGGCAGAGAAUGAGGCCUCCAAGGACGAGGUGAAGGAAGUGCUUCAGGCUCUGGAAGAGCUGGCCGUCAACUAUGACCAGAAGAGCCAGGAGGUGGAGGACAAGACCAAGGAGUUUGAGGCGCUCAGCGAGGAGCUCAACCAGAAAUCAAUGGUUCUGACUUCCAUCGACUCUGAGCUCCAGAAGCUGAAGGAGAUGACUAACCACCAGAAGAAGAGAGUCACAGAGAUGAUGUCGUCUCUCCUGAAGGACCUAGCAGAAAUUGGUAUCGCUGUGGGCAGCAACGACAUCAAGCAACAUGAGGGCAGUGGGCUCAUUGAUGAGGAAUUCACAGUGGCGCGUCUCUACAUCAGCAAGAUGAAGUCGGAGGUGAAGACCAUGGUGAAGCGCUGCAAGCAGCUUGAAGGUGCCCAGGUGGAAAGCGAGAAGAAGAUGGAGGAAAACGAGAAGGAGCUGGCUGCCUGCCAGUUACGCAUCUCUCAGCAUGAGGCCAAGAUCAAGUCCCUCACAGAAUACCUUCAGAAUGUGGAGCAGAAGAAGCGGCAGCUGGAAGAGAAUGUAGAUGCCCUGAAUGAGGAGCUGGUGAAGAUUAGUGCACAAGAGAAAGUUCAUGCCAUGGAGAAGGAGAAUGAGAUUCAGACGGCCAAUGAAGUCAAGGAAGCAGUUGAGCGUCAGAUCCAGAAUCACCGUGAGGCUCAUCAGAAGCAGAUCAGCAGCCUGCGUGAUGAGCUGGACAAGAAAGAGAAACUCAUCACUGACCUACAGGACCUGAACCAGAAGAUUGCACUGGAGCAGGAGCGUCUGCGGGUGGAGCAUGAAAAGCUUAAAUCCACUGACCAGGAAAAGAGCCGCAAGCUGCAUGAGCUCACGGUGAUGCAGGAUCGCAGGGAACAGGCUCGACAAGACCUCAAGGGGCUGGAAGAGACUGUGGCCAAAGAGCUACAGACACUGCACAACCUCAGGAAACUCUUUGUCCAGGAUUUGGCAACUCGAGUGAAGAAGAGUGCCGAGAUGGACUCUGACGACACAGGUGGCAGCGCUGCCCAGAAGCAGAAGAUCUCCUUCCUUGAAAACAACCUGGAGCAACUCACCAAGGUCCACAAGCAGCUGGUGCGGGACAAUGCGGACCUGCGUUGCGAGCUGCCCAAGCUAGAGAAGCGCCUUCGUGCCACGGCCGAACGUGUCAAGGCCCUGGAGUCGGCCCUGAAGGAGGCCAAGGAGAAUGCAGUGCGUGAUCGCAAGCGCUACCAGCAGGAGGUGGAUCGUAUCAAGGACGCGGUGCGGGCCAAGAGCAUGGCACGCCGGGGCCACUCUGCGCAAAUCGCUAAGCCUAUUCGUCCUGGACAGCCCCCCGUUGCAUCUCCCACUCACCCCAACAUUAACCGUGGCAUCACCGGGGGUGGAGGCUUCUACCAGAACAGUCAGUCGGUGGCUAUCCGUGGAGGGAGCUGCCCAAAGCAGGACAAGAACUGUUGAAGACGCAGCACGACCACAUCAGAAGAUGAAAUUGUGUCCUGGGAAACUGUCAUUCCAUUACAUCGUGCUCUUCCCAGUAGGAAUAAUGGGAGGAGUUUUUGAAUAUAUAUAAAUAUAUAAAUAUUUCUGGUCUGUACAGUGAAAUUCUGAUUUAUUUGUUUUCCUGACCGAAAGUCAUCUCCUCGCUAAAUGCACAGUCGAGGGGGAGGAAGGAGACACCCUCAGCCCCCACCCAGUAAGCGCAACUUUCAGGCAUCCCCCAAACUAACUACAUAUGAAUUUAACGUGUACCUCUGUUUCACUGCACAGUUUUAUCCUCCAUGUCUUAAAUUAGUCCUCACUGUGCCAAGAUGAAUGUAUGUCACAGAUCUGCACGAGAGGACAGGAAGUGGGUCCUGGGUGAAAUUUUGAAGCGUGAUUAAUGUAAAUUCACUUGAUUUUGUUCUGCAGGGGUGAUUUUGAAACACCUAAACAGAUUCAAUAAGCUCAUCAUACUGCUGUCCUGUCAUGCAGGUCAAGAUGACACUGUACAUGUUUUCCUGAAAAUGGGCCUAACAAUGUCAGCUUUUUAACAAGUUCAUUGUGUUCAGAAUGGUGAACCUGACUCUCAAGGCCGUGGGCACAGCUUCCGAGUAUUUUAAAAAUGAGAACUUGUAAAGAUAGUUAGUCACGGAAGAAUGUGAUUCAAGUCCAAUGGAUAAAGGUGUUUUCAAAUUGUGUUGUAAUUUCAGCGAAAGAACUUACCGUACAGUAAACGGUUGAAAGGCAUCAGUGCGCAAUGCUGUGUGUUGGUGCACCUAAAAACAUAUUACGUACUGAACAGGUGUCCCAUCUCUGACUUUGACUAUUUACAAUUUCUUUUUAAAAUAGCGAUAAUGGCCCUUUGGUGUCACUUGGCAUCAUUGAUCCACAGAAGUACAUGCUUUUAGACUUUGACGGUUACAUUUAAAGUGUAGUUACUGACUUAUGCAGACCUACAGAUAGCUGAGGGGAGACCGGAUGUCAGGUGCAGCAUGUUACGGCGAUGCUGCCUCCUCUGGUGUCUCCGAUCUCCAGGUGUUUGAUCAAACCAGAAGAAGGCUGUUUUAGACCAAUGUAUAGAUGUGUUUUUUUUAAUUUUAGACAGUUACAAGGGUUAGUUUUACCCCUCCCCCACCACUUUUACAUUUUUACCCCCAAGAUGGCUCAGUCAUCACCACAUUUUGUCAGUUUAAGAUGCUGAUAUUUUUUUUUUGUCCACGUGCUUGGCUGCUGGUUUGGCAUGUGGACUGGAUCUUGGCCAACUUGGGCUGUGGAGUCUCUGAGCUCCUGGAGCCUCGGGUCUCGCCUCUAAUUUGGUCACUUUGGGGUCAUUAGUUUAUCAAGGAAGUAGUUGUUCUCUUCUUCUUAACGUUCUUCCAUAUAGAAGAAAGUUAUUUAUUAACAGUUAAAACCAUUUUUUUUAUGAGAGGUGUGUUCUGUAGAAAUUGUUCCUGUUUUGAUUUUGAAUAAUUUAGUUAUGUUCCAAGCUGUUGCGACGGCCAAGGUAAACGUCUGUUUGUUGAAGCAAUGUUCAUUAUCCAUUUAUAAGAAUCAGGAAAGAAGCAAAUUGGCCUUCAAAUGGAGAAAUAGAACUCGGGGAACUGCAAUCUCCUUUACGGUGACUUACUGCACUUAAUGUUUCAUAAUUGGCCGUCAGCAUUUCUCCAGAAAUCAUCUCGAUAAGGAAAGUUUACAUGGUUUGCCUUGAGUCUGCAUUUUGAAUUAAAGACAUCGCCCUUGGCUACAGCAAAAUGCUUGGACAGGACAAUGGCGUGAGUGUGUGCGCGUGCGUGAGUGUGUGCGCGUGCGUGUGUGUGUGGGUAUCUGCCAAGUUGUGCAACGCUGGAUCGGCAGAUGCACUGCAGCGUGUUCCUCAAAGUGCUUAUACUGUAACCUCGUCUGCCCAGGUUUUACACUAGAAACUGAACAGGAAAAUAUGAAAGAUGAAUGUUUUUGUUCACAUGAUCAGCUAAAUUAUUUGCAUUAAGUUAAAAUAAAGUUGCUGAAGUUUAUUACUGUGUAAUAGCAAUGACGUUUUGCGAUCGGUGAGCGAUUAGCCGGUGACGGUGGAACUGGAUCACUCCGAGGGAACAAGAAAGCGUCGGCUGGCUCUCAAGGGGUUCGUGGUGAUGUCAUCCUCUUUUGAUUGACCGCAUGAUGUAAAUGUAUGUGUGAUUAAAUGAUUGUGCAAGCAAAA